UCUAAAUUCGAAAUACUCUUCCACUCUCUCAUAACUGGCCUUCUAAUGGGGCAUCGCAAAACAAAAUCCCAUACCCUCCCAUCCUCCCCCAUCCACCUCCAGUCAUCCUCUUCGGAUUUUGAAUUCACAUCCUCCCUCUCCCCUUGCAAAUCCACCACCAUCAAUCUCCGCCCUGCCGACGAGCUCUUCUAUAAAGGUAAACUUCUCCCCCUCCACCUCUCCCCUCGCAACUCCAUGGUCCGUACCCUACUUCUCACCUCCAACACCAUCACCGCUCGCCACUCCUCUGACUAUCAUUCAUCUUUCUCCUACACAACCUCGGAUUCCUCCCGCCCCAGCUCCGCCACCGACGAUGAUGAUAACCACUUUCCUCGAAAACUGUUUGAUCUCAAUUCCCAUACUCAUAGAUUCAUCUCCGAAAACGAAAAGAAAAUAAUUGCUAGUAAACAGUUUUCUUUCAACAAAUUCUCUUCCGUGUUUCGCAAAGAAACCGGCAAACCCGCGGCGGGUAUCACCACCCAGUCUGAUCCGGCCACCUUAACCAGCUCCUCCGUGAAAGAAAAGAUACGUAAAUACUUGAAGAAAGUGAAGCCGUUGUACGAGAAGCUUUCCCAACUUCAAAGUCAAAAAACAAAGACUACCCCUUCAAUGGCGAAAAGGGAAGACAUAGUUUCUCCAUCGUUUUCGGGAAAUCUGAGGUUUUUCAGAAAGACAAGCUGCGUAUCAAGCUGCCCUUCAACAAUGCCGUCGUCUCCAAAUCAUUCAGGUGUUCUUUGCCGGAAAAACAACACUAAAGGCGCCGGUGGCUGCAGUAACACUUCAUCAUCAACGGAAGAACUGCAGAGCGCGAUUCAAGGGGCGAUAGCGCAUUGCAAGAAUUCCAUGGUUGAGACGUCUUGGAACCACAAGUAGAAUGUACAAGCCGUGUUACACAUUUUACAAGUGCUUAAUGAUCCCGUCCGUGAUUAAGAAGCUCCACAUUUGGAUCUGAUCUGAUCAGAAUUUGGCAGAGACUUCUGAUUCGUAGUACCAAUUCUGUCUCUCUCUUAUUUAUUUAUUUAUUAGUAUAUAGUUUUUUAGGAAGAGAUGGAAGGGUGUGCAUGUGACCAUAUUAUGGAUCAUGCAUUUAUAUUCUUAAUUUUAAUCGUUUCUUCGUUCAUACUUCAGCAUUUAGCUUCAUUUUUAGUUAAAAGAUUAUUUUUUCUCUAAUUUAAAU